GGAGUGGGGGAAAAAGGCUCCAGCUGGGUCUGGCAGACAGGUGAGGCUGAGCUCCUGCCUUCAGUAGUCACUCACUGCUCCUCAGUCUCAGUCAGCACCAUGAGUGGCCGAGUUGGAGACCUGAGCCCCAAGCAGGCAGAGACCCUGGCCAAGUUCCGAGAAAAUGUCCAGGAUGUGCUGCCUGCCCUGCCAAACCCUGAUGAUUAUUUUCUUCUUCGCUGGCUCCGAGCCAGGAACUUUGACCUACAGAAAUCGGAGGCCAUGCUCCGCAAGUACAUGGAGUUCCGGAAGACCAUGGACAUCGAUCACAUCCUUGACUGGCAGCCCCCAGAGGUGAUCCAGAAGUACAUGCCUGGAGGCCUGUGUGGCUAUGACCGUGAUGGCUGUCCUGUGUGGUAUGACAUCAUUGGGCCACUAGACCCCAAAGGGCUGCUUUUCUCAGUCACCAAGCAGGACCUGUUGAAGACCAAGAUGAGGGACUGUGAACGUAUCCUGCAUGAGUGUGACCUGCAGACAGAGCGGCUGGGGAGGAAGAUUGAAACCAUUGUGAUGAUAUUUGACUGUGAAGGUCUGGGACUGAAGCACUUCUGGAAGCCUCUGGUGGAAGUAUACCAGGAGUUCUUUGGCCUCCUUGAAGAGAAUUACCCAGAGACCCUGAAAUUCAUGCUCAUUGUAAAAGCCACGAAACUGUUCCCGGUGGGCUACAAUCUCAUGAAGCCAUUCCUGAGUGAGGACACACGAAGGAAGAUCGUGGUGUUGGGAAGUAACAGCUGGAAGGAAGGUUUGCUGAAACUCAUCAGUCCUGAGGAACUGCCUGCCCAUUUUGGGGGGACUCUGACUGACCCAGAUGGGAACCCCAAAUGUUUAACCAAGAUCAACUACGGUGGGGAGAUCCCCAAGUCCAUGUAUGUGCGAGACCAGGUGAAGACCCAGUAUGAGCACUCAGUGCAGAUUAGCCGUGGCUCCUCACAUCAGGUGGAGUAUGAGAUCCUGUUUCCAGGCUGUGUCCUCAGGUGGCAGUUCUCAUCUGACGGUGCAGACAUUGGCUUUGGAGUUUUCCUCAAGACCAAGAUGGGGGAGAGGCAGAAGGCUGGGGAGAUGGUGGAGGUGCUAACCAGCCAGCGCUACAAUGCCCACAUGGUGCCCGAGGAUGGGAGCCUCACCUGCUCAGAGGCUGGUGUCUAUGUCCUGCGCUUUGACAACACCUAUAGCUUCGUCCACGCCAAGAAGGUCAGCUUCACGGUUGAAGUGCUUCUCCCAGACGAGGGCAUGCAGAAGUACGAUGAGGAGCUCACCCCUGUCUAGGUGGAUCCCCAACUUCUCAGAGGCCCCAACCCUCUGUUUUCUCUCUUCUCUCCUUUAAUUCCUAAAUUGAUCAUUAGUCCGGCUUACUCUGUGACAGCAGUGAGCAGAGAGAGGUUGCCCGGAAAAGAUUUAUCUGCUGUAAUCAAAAUCUAAAGUUAUGAAAGGUUGGAGGUAUAAAGAUUGCAAAAGAGAAAGAACCACGAAGGGAAGACAGGAGAUGGGUGUCCUUGGGGCCCAAGAAUAGGAAAAUGACUCUACUUGGCCUCAUCUCUCCUAAGACGUUUGCACUUGAGUCCCUCCCUGUGAGCUGUGAGCAUCUUGGGCUGAGAUUAUCAGAAUCCUUUUUAUUUCCAUUCACUGAAUAGUAGAUGCUUACUGUAGUUCUGUAAGUUAGACAGAGGACCAGAAGUCAGGGAGCACGAGGCUUACAGAAAUUAUAAGAGAGACCAGGCAGCAGAUUUCAGCACCCCGGACAGCGCCGCCCUUGCCGAAGACUCGUGCCAUCCAACCUAACAGUGGUUUCCUUUUGGGAGUCUCAGACACAAAAGCUCUAUACCUCUGGCAGGAGGUGCUGGCUUCUGAUUUUGACUGACCCAGGGGCACAUUAUUCUCAUAAUCACUUCCUUCCUUUUGAACUCACGGCUCAUAUUUUAAACCUUUUAUAGAACUUCCCUGGGGCUGGAGAGAGGUCCUGAGUUCAAUUCCACAUGGUGGCUCACAACCAUCUGUGAUGGGAUCUGAUGCCUCCGGGUUGCAGGUGUACAUGCAGGCAGAGCACAAAAAUAAAUCUAAAAAAAAAGUUAAAAAAAGAACGGAAUUUCUCCCAAAGCAAAGAAAGUCAAACAACAACAUAACAAUAAUGGCUACUGUUUGCUGAGGAUUGUCACUGUUCCAAGAGCUUUACAAGGUAGGCUCAUGCCAUCCUCACACCACCACAAUACACUUUAUCAGAGCCACUUUAUGAGUGAAAAACCAAGCUCAGAGGCUAAGUAGCCACUCGGUGACAUAUAGUCUUAAGCAGCAGGUCUAGGACCUGAGGAUUUUGUUCUUUAUUUAGUCAUAAGGCAUUGCUCUAAAUUGCUCCAUAAUGGGCCCUCAUAUGAUCCUGCUCUGACAAGAAGAUAUGGAGUGUUUUCAUUGCCCUGCAUCUUUGAGUAGAGCUAUUGGAUACUCCCCAUCCCUCUAAGCCCUUUUUAUAAAUAGAAGAGAUAAUCCCCCAAAUUGGGCAGCCCAGCUAGUGGAGACCCACAACGUGUGAGGAGGUUCUUCAAGAAGCCGCACAGAGAAGCCGGGCGUGGUGGUGCAUGCCUUUAGUUCCAGCACUCGGGAGGCAGAGGCAGGCAGAUUUCUGAAGAAGAAGAAGAAGAAGAAGAAGAAGAAGAAGAAGAAGAAGAAGAAGCCUCCCAGAGGGCUGGAAGGGCUUGUGCCCCUUGUCCAGUGACCUGUCCUCUGCUCACACAGAUACGAGAAUGAUCACCUGAUGCUUUCCAUGCCCCUGGAGACCUGGGACAAGGCAGACAGGGCCAGGGUUCUAGCUUCUUUUUCAACUUCCUGACCCAUGCUAGGUGCACAGACAUUGGCUUGAGCCCUGGCCCUGACAUAACUCUUGCCAAGAGAUGAUUAAUUGAUUAGUUAGUUCAUAGAAUGAAAGGAGGCCAGAACCCAAGGGCUCUGUUGCUUCUAUGAGAUGCUCUGUGGAAACAGACUAAGAGCUGAGUGCAAAACCUGACACUCACCAAGAUAACGUCAUUCUGUGGCGGGGAGCAGAGUCAUGCACAGACCUGUGCCUACACUUCAGGACACAGGCUCUUGUGACCAUCUUAUAUAUAGGGACUGUCUUAGGGUUUCCAUUGCUGUGAUGAAACACCAUGACUAAAAACAACUUGGAAGGAAAAGAUUUAUUUCUCUCAGUUUUACAUAACAGGUCACCAUCAAAAGCCUCCCAGAGGGCUGGAAGGGCUUGUGCCCCUUGUCCGGUGACCUGUCCUCUGCUCACACAGAUACGAGAAUGAUCACCUGAUGCUUUCCAUGCCCCUGGAGACCUGGGACAAGGCAGACAGGGCCAGGGUUCACAUAAGGCAGGAUCCUGGAGGCAGGAGCUAAUGCAGAAGCCGUGGAGGCACGCUGCUUACUGGUGUGCUCCUCAUGGCUUGCUCAGCCUAGUGGCACCAGACCAGGGCUGCCACCACCCACAAUGAAUUGGGGAUUCCCCAGUGAUCACUAAUUAAGAAAAUGCCUUACAGCCAGAUCUUAUGGAGGCAUUUUCUGAACUGAGGCUCCUUCCUCUCUGAUAAUUCUAGCUUGUGUCGAGCCAUGACAGAAACUGAGCUUCCAAGAGCAUUGGCCUCAUUUUCUUCAGCCAGUGGUUGGUAGAAUUGGACCAGGGCCAAGGUGUCCUCUUCACCUUGUGACCUCUAGUUUCCUGUGUGAUAUCCCAAACAGGGUGAGAGUUCCUCCCGCUUUCUGAGCAGGCACGGUAGGGGAAAGUAACUGAAAUCACAAAAGAAGAGAAGAAAGAUGGGAAAGAGAAAGCUUUCAGACUUUGAAAGACUCUUUUUGAGUGAUAUUGGAUGGUCCUUAAAAUGUAUUCAUUACCUGACAAUAAAGUUUAACUGAACAUCCC